AUGGUGACCACAAACUCGUCCCUGCCCAAGGGCGCGCACCCUUACUACCCCGUCGAGAAGGAGAUUAUCGGCUACCUGGCCAACACAAGCGGCACCUUUGACCUGGUGCUCAAGUUCGCGGCUGGGUGCGUGGCCAUCUUCGGUGUCACGUAUGUUAUGGUCAAGCGGUUACGUCCUAAUGCCAGCACCGGGGACCUGUCCACCAUCAUGUGGUUUGUCCUGUGCGGAUGCAUCCACUCAUUCUUCGAGGGCUACUUUGCCUACAACUUCCGUAACAUGGGCGGCAUGAACGAUUUGUUUGGCCAGCUGUGGAAAGAGUACGCACUGAGCGACUCCCGCUACCUGACCCAGGACGCCUUUGUGCUCUGCAUGGAGACAAUCACUGCUGUAUUUUGGGGCCCGGGCUCGUUCCUGACUGCCUACCUCAUCUCCAUCGACCACCCGCUCCGCUACCCGGCCCAGCUCAUUGUCUCGCUUGGUCAGUUCUACGGCGAUGUCCUAUACUACACGACCUCCCUGUUCGACCACUACAUCCUCAACCUGUCCUACUCGCGCCCUGAACAGUUCUACUACUGGGGCUACUUUGUCCUCAUGAACGCCUUUUGGAUCGUUAUCCCUGGAUACCUCAUGUACCAGAGUGUCAUGGCCACGUGGAGUGCGUUUGCGGCUGUCAACGACGCAGCCAGGCUGGUUGAGAAGUUGGGCAAGAAGCGAAACUAG